GCGAUGAAAAUGAGCCGGUUUAGGACGGUCUGUGGCCCGAGGCACGGUGCCCCGGUGGCACCAGACAUGGAAUGUGUGAUUGCUUUUUCGCCAACAGUUCUUUGUUUCUUGCAUUAGGUGAUGCAUGAUGGUGCUGAGAUUGCAGAACUUUUCUAGAAAAAGAAGACACGCCAGCUUUAGGGAACUUUGCAGUGUAGUCCCUACAAUUUAUGACUAGUCUCAACUGGGUCCUAGAGUUUCUGAUUGAACCUAUUUAAGUCCACCCGCGUUCCGGACUCGGCACUCUAGAAAGCUAUGCCGUUCGUCCGUCUGUUCAGCAAAUUCCUUCCUAAAUCUUGGAAAAUAAAUGCCAUAAAUACCUACUUUUCUUCUCGACAGGAUUACCGCAAGACAAGUAGUAAUGUCAAAGGACUAAAUGUGUUAAUAACUCUGAUGAUGUUGGGUCCCAAGUGCACAAAUUCAUUACAUAUGAUAUGAAUCGAUCCGAUAUUGAAUCACAACCCAUUCAAUCUUCUAAUUCAUAUACACUAAUGUCAGAAAUAUUUUGUGUAGAAGUGUUUCCUCCAAGCAAGUAAAAUCAUCUUCUUUAAAGGAUGAGAAAGCACGCCCAAAUUCAUAAUGUACAGGAGCAGAUAAGUCAACUCAUCUUGAUGGACUGAUCUAACAUACAUCGGCUGCACCAAAAUUCUCCUAAAUUUCCAUAAAAACACAACAUGCUCACUGCAAAAUGACCAACUUUUCAAAGCAUUGGAAUCUUGUUGGCUCCUCCCAACAAGAUUGGAAUGCCAGCAUAAACUCUCUAACAGUGACUUCCAUCAGUCCUAGCAAGCUCAACUCCACUUGCUCUUGCAUUCUCUCUCUCUCUCUGUUUCUGUACCUUUCGGGCUCUGCAAUUUCUAGCUGGAUUGCUAUGGGAUUACCAGGUUAUCCCGCUUUGGUUCGGGUCCCUCCUGAAACUGGGUACAUAAGUGUUGGCGAUAUCGAGUUCUUCUACUACUUUGUGCAGUCUACCGGAAAUCCUGGAGCUGACCCUAUUCUGCUUUACAUGAAUGGAGGUCCCGGGUGUUCGGGUUUGAAUGGCUUCUUGUUCCAGCUGGGUCCGCUUAGAUUCAACAUUACUGAUUAUACUGGGGGUUUGCCGUCAUUAAUCUACGAGCCAGAUGCGUGGACUAAGACGGCCAACAUUAUAUUCAUAGAUGCACCGGUCGGAGCGGGUUUCUCCUAUGCGACGACAGCAUCAGCAUACGCUUCGACGGACACAUUGAAUACUGCACGGAUGCAGACCUUCUUAAGAAAUUGGCUGGCGGAACAUCCAAGUUUUCAAACCAAUCCGGUAUUUGUUAGUAGCGAUUCCUAUGCCGGCGUGUAUACUCCCAUGGUUGCUACAGCGCUUCUACAAGGGAAUGAAGCUGGACUAAAACCAUAUGUCCACAUUAAGGGAAUGAUCCUAUCAUGUCCCCACACGUUCACCGAUCUCGAAGCAAACUCAAGAAUUCCAUUUGCUCAUAGGUUGGCCCUCAUUUCAGAUUCGCUUUAUGAGGCUUUAGAAGAAAAUUGUGGCGGCGAUUUUGUGGAUUCAACAAACGCGAACUGCACAGAGGAUCUGGCAGCAUACGACGAGCUAAUUGAAUUGAUCAACAAACAAAAUGUUUUUGAGCCUAAUUGUGCCUUACUUUCACCAAAAUCGAAAGAAGCUUUCAAAUCAGCAAUAUCAAACCAAGAGAAGCACAGGAGGUCCAUCCAAGAGUUCACCAAGGAUUAUCUUGUGUCGCUACCGAGACCUCGCGAUCUUUGGUGCAAGAAUUUCGACUAUCUACUUGUUGAUAUAUGGGGUAAUUAUCCAAGCGUACAAGAUGCUCUUCAUGUUCGACAAGGAACUGUCAGCGAAUUUUUCAGGUGUAAUAUCUCCCUAUCCUACACUGUAGAUAUCAAGAAUGUGCUUGAUUAUCAUAAGAAUCUCACCAGUCUGGGCAUGCAAGUUCUAGUUUUCAGUGGUGAUCAUGACAUGAUUAUUCCGCAUAACGGUAUCGAAGAGUGGAUAAAGUGGCUUGAUUUGACGGUGGAUAUUGAUUGGCGACCAUGGUUUGUAGAUGGCCAAGUUGCGGGGUACACGAGGAAAUAUAUAGACGGGGGAUAUCGACUGACUUACGCAACAUUAAAGGGAUCUGGUCACUCGCCUCCAGAGUGCAAACGCAGAGAAUGUUACGAGAUGUUUCACAGAUGGAUUCAUUACUAUCCUCUGUAGAUCCACAUGCUUAGGAGUGGGUGCUAGAAUAAAGUUCUGUUGCUAAGUUAUGAGAAGAACUUCAUUCACUAGUUAUUUAGCCUUGUCAUGAUUCGUGUAAUCGGAAGAACAUCCAUUGAGUUACCAGAACAACCGACAUGUGUUCGGCAAGGUAUGGAACGGAAGGUCGACCGAGCAACAGCUACUACAUUUCCAGCUCAGGUCAUAAGUCAAUUGUAAGACAUGGAAGCUCAGAGGAAGAGAAAAUGCUGUGUCCAACUUCCAUAUCGAAAACCAAUUACUUCACUCUGCGUUUAAGAG